CGACUUUAUUUUUAUUCUUUUUUUUUGUCAUUAUCAUUUUAAAAUUGAUGUCAUGAAUUCAAGAUUCUUCAAUCUCAGUACUCUACCGAGAUCCAACCUUUAUAAAUCAAGAGCAUUGGGAUUCCGUUCAACAUUGCACUUGUCGGCAUUAACAAUCAAAUCAUUACGAUCUACAUUAUUCUCUACUCAGGCACCCAUAAAACCCAUCACACCUGCCCUGAGAAAAUAUCAGCAAGAAUGUAUUGAUUCGUGUCUUCAGAAACUUUCAGAAGGAGUACGCAGACAAGUUGUCUCAUUACCAGUUGGCAGUGGAAAGACGGUAGUGAUGGCAAAUCUUAUCCCAAAACUACCUGCUCCUACUCCAAUUGCCACAAAGACUCUUAUUCUUGCUCAUCGUGUAGAGCUUUUGGAACAAGCCAGAUCACAAAUCCAACGUUUUAACCCUACCUUGAGUGUAGCAAUUGAACAAGGCAAAAGAAAACCAGAUAUCGAAAACGCAGAUGUGAUUGUUGCUUCUGUACAAACACUCGGGAAAGGAAAUUUGACAAGACUGGAAAGAUAUGAUCCAGCUAUGUUCAAAGCCAUCAUUAUUGAUGAGGCCCACCAUGCCUCUGCUUCGACCUAUGUCAAAAUUAUGGACCAUUUUGGCGCUACACAAGAAGACUCUCAGAUAUUCGUAUGGGGAUGCUCUGCCACAGUUAGAAGACAUGAUGGAAUUAGCUUAUCAAGCUCAUUCGACGAAAUAACUUUUCAUAUGGAUUUAUUGCACAUGGUAGAAAUGAAAUGGUUAUCACCUAUGAGAGUGACUACUGUAGAGACUAGCGUUGAUCUCACCAAAGUAGCAACCCGGUAUGAUGACUUUAGUCCAGCAGAAUUAUCCAAAGCUGUCAACACUGCAGCGCGCAAUGAAACAAUUAUUAAGAGCUGGCAAAAGUAUGCACAGCAAGACCGUCUAGCCACGAUUGUAUUUGCUGUAGAUAUUGCACAUACUGUGGAUAUGUGUAAUCUCUUCCGGAAAAAUGGAAUCGAUGCAGAAUAUAUUACAAGCAAAUCUUCUUCUAUUGAGCGACAGGAUAUUAUAGCGAGAUUCAAGAAUGGAGACUUUCCUAUCCUUGUCAAUUGUGGCAUUCUUACAGAAGGAACUGAUAUCCCACGUAUUGAUUGUGUUUUGAUGACUAGACCCACAAGAUCUAGUGGACUAUUUCAGCAAAUGUUUGGUCGCGGAAUGCGCCUCUAUCCGAACAAGAAGGACUGUCUAGUAGUUGAUUUUGUGGACAGCUUUGAUAGGAUUGGAAAGAACGGACUGGUUACAAUACCUACUUUGCUUGGCUUAGACAGGAAUGAAUUGAUAGAAUGCGAGGAUAUUCUGAGUAUCGAAAGACGGGCAAUAAAAGCAGAAGAAGCCCGGUCAUUGGAAACAGAGGAAGAGAAUCUUCAGGAAGGGUUUGAUUCCGGAAUUAUGACAUCUGCUGUGAGCUUAAAAGUGACUGAAUAUGACAGUCUUUUUGAGAUUGUAUCCGACUGUUCUGGUGGACACGAACUUAGAUCUGCAUCUAGAUAUACAUGGGUUGCUGUGGGCGAUAACACCUGUGCUUUAUCUGUUAUUGGCGUAGGUACCAUAUUUGUCAGGCGUGAUUCUGAUGGCAUCUGGCACGGAAGUUUCUCUCACGAAAUAACGAACAAAAAUGGGACCAGAUUGCGUGCACAUCCCAGAGAUAUAUCUCUUUCUGCUGAUUCACGAUUUUCUGCUAUUCGUGCUGCAGAUACAUGGAUUCAUAAAAAGCUUCAAAAGGAGGGCCAAUCGCAUCUUCUUACAACUAUUCAACGCAAUGCACGGUAUCGUAACGAUCCUGCCACCAAGGCACAGCUUGAUAUCCUUAAGAAAUCCAAGAUUGUUCCAAAAGAUCCUAUUAGUAAAGGACAGGCUAUGGAUUUAAUUUCACGUAUGAAGCUAGGUCUUUUGCAGUGUUGGAAGAAAGCUGCUCUUGAGAAAGCAAAAAAGAAAGCCCAGAUCGUUGAAACUAAUAAACUUGCUGCGUUGAGACGAGUAAAGUAAUUUAUUAUAAGCUGAG